UUGAACCACCUAAACCCCCAACAAAACAUGGAACAAAGAAGAAAAAACACUAAUGAUAUCUCAAGGUCAGAGAUUGAUCAAGACUAUAUAAGCAAAUUACCAGAUGAAAUUCUUGCAAAAAUUCUCUCAAUUCACCCUUUGGAUUCCGGAUCAAAGGCUGUAGCUCACUUUACAAGAUUAUGGAGCAAACCUUUGAUAAAACAUGGAGGAAGAGAAGUCAACGUUCAAGAAUUCGAGUCUGUGAUUAGUGCCUUUAUUGCUAAUUUUGAUGAAGAGCAUCCUCUAAAGAUGCCUAGAAAGCUAGAGUACCAUUUCAAUCAAGGGUUGAUUGUCACGGCUUCGAUUGGGGUGAACAUGAAACUUCAUCUUGAUUUUUCUAAAGGAAAUCAAGGUUGGGAAAAGAAGUUUUGGUGGGACAUUGUGUUGAACACAAUGGAUUUAGCACCUUCUUCUUCAUAUUCACUUUGUAUCAAGACACUUAAGCUAACUUCAAUUAACUAUAUAUGCUGUGAGUUUGUUUCAUCUUUGAUCAGCAAGUUUCGGUAUGUUGAGAAUUUAUUUAUUGAAAAGUGUAAUGGAUUGAGGGCUUUGAGAAUUGAGGGCCUUGCUAAGCUCGUGCGCUUAAGUGUGGAAAAUUGUGUUGAUCUUAAGUCGGUGUAUGUGGAUGCAUUGGAGCUUACAUCUCUUCGAAAUUAUGGUUUCUUAUGCUGGUUUUGGUUCCACAGUUAUAACUAUUUAGAAGAUGUAUACUUCGACUUAGAAGGACCGGGGUCUAAACACUUGGAUUACAGGGUCUAUUACUCGCUCUUGAAAACAAUGAGAGAUGUCAGAGUGCUUACACUUCAUGGACGAAUGUAUGAGGAAGUAUUUGGGCCAUUGCUGUUUUUAGAGAAGGAGUUCAGAUUCAGCAAACUUGAAGAUUUGUGGUGGAUUGAUGGUUGUAUGGGAGAGGAUAACAUGAAUUGGUUGUUUUCUUUCUUAAAGUAUUGCACUUCUCUCAAGAGGCUGUUCAUAAGUAUUGACCCUCAAAGGUACUCAAGACGCAAGCCCUUUACUGGUGACCAUAAGAGCUCCAUCAAGGUCAAAAAAUCACCUUUACGCAAGCUCAAACUGGUCAAACUAGAGGGAUGUAAGAGCGACGAAGAAGUUAUGUUCUUUAAGGAACAUAUGAUGGAAGUUUUCAAUGUUGAGCCUCGAGUAGUAGAGACGAGGGAGGGGAUGCAAACAAGGUGUCUGAUAAGGAUCCCCAAGCGGCAGACAAUCGGUAAAGCAACAAAAUCAAAUAAACUGAAGUUUUGUUACAAGUUUGUGGAAGAACUUGAAAAUAACAUAGGUUUAUGUUCUAAGCAUCCUCAUAUGGCUUAAAGAGGCAUCUUUCUCUUUAAUGCUGUUGACUAAGUUUUUAAA